CUAUUGAAGAGCAGAAGGUCCAUGACCAGAUGGCUUCCAGCUUCUUCUGGCUGAACGCCCAAGCAAGCCAAGCCCACCAUGACUGAGACACCCUUUAAAAGGACCUCGAUGGGCAGCGGUCACAAAGUCAUCAUCACUUGUCUUUUCACCUUCUGCUUUGACUGUUUGCCACAGAGGAGCAACCAUGUCUCAUGGGUGGGGAUACGGACCAGCCGACGGACCUGACAAGUGGGCAGAGAAUUUCCCUGUAGCUAACGGGCCCAGACAGUCUCCUAUCAACAUUGUCACCAAAGAGGCCCAGUACGACCCUUCUCUAAAGCCUCUGAAACCCAGGUAUGACCCCUCCAACGCCAAGGGGAUUCUCAACAAUGGACACUCGUUCCAGGUGGACUUUGUGGACGACACCGACAGCUCAGUCCUGACCGGAGGUCCGCUUUCUGGAACCUACCGUCUGAGGCAGUUUCACUUCCACUGGGGUGCCAGCGAUGACCGAGGUUCUGAGCACUAUGUCAACGGCAUCAAGUUCCCCUGUGAGCUCCACCUGGUGCAUUGGAACACUAAAUACCCCAGCUUUGGAGAAGCUGCUGACAAGCCGGAUGGACUCGCUGUGAUCGGUGUCUUUCUCAAGAUUGGUGCUGCCAACCCCCGACUGCAGAAAGUUCUGGAUGCGCUGGAUUCUAUUAAGACCAAGGGAAAGCAAACCACGUUUUCUAACUUUGACGCAAAGACUCUACUUCCUGCUUCGCUGGAUCAUUGGACCUAUGAAGGCUCUUUAACUACUCCUCCACUCUUGGAGAGUGUCACCUGGAUUGUCCUAAAGGAGCCAAUAAGUGUCAGCCCUGCUCAGAUGGCCAAGUUCCGAAGCCUCCUCUUCACUGGAGAUGGAGAAACUCCCUGCUGCAUGGUGGACAACUUUCGUCCUCCGCAGCUCCUCAAAGGUCGUCAUGUCCGCGCCUCCUUCAAAUAAAUGUGACUUCAUCAUCACCGCUUUAGUGCCCGCUAGCUUUUCCUAUGUUUUCAUGAUGCUGGUAUUUUAGAGAUCAGCAGAGACCAGAACACCGGCCCGGUUGCCUCUCUGCAUUUGUUUCUGACUUAAAGCUUUCAUAACAGAAUCUUCUGAAUCACACCAGCUUUACCACGUCUCUUCUAUGUUUAACUCUGAUGGCAAAAGCUUUAGUAUUAUAUUUGAGAUAGGAUUGUUGAUUAUUAUUGUGCAGCAGCUUUCCACAGUAGAAUAUUUUUGCUGGAUGUAAGAGGCCUUCAUGUGUGCUUGCUUCUCAAGUUUCUUUGGAUUUUCAUUUCUAAGGGGGACAUAUUAUGCAAAACUCACAGGUUGUAUCCUUUUGUGCUGCCCUGUGCGUCUCUACUGCAUCUAAAACCAUUUCAAACAUGAAAAGAUGCGUCCAUCCAUUUUCUGUCAGUGAUUAUGUUUUUGAAAUUAUGUGCCCAAAUUAAUCCUUGUCCAAAAAGUCCAUAUUUCUGAUGUCACACACGGGAAAAGUAGAAUAAAACACCUCUAACAUGCAAGAGGCAUCUGCUGCUGGACAA